GUGGCCAGGAUAAAUACGGAAACAUUGUUCUCAAGCAUAGGGAGGCUUUGAUCCACACUGACGGGACUGGCCUAAUAUCAGAAGAUUUAGCUAAGAAAUGCCCUACAUAUGUAUUUAAGGGGAACCUUUUGAGGAUACAUGAUGAUAGUGUGGAUUCAAAGGAGGAUCAAUUUGACAUCGAUGAUCAUCCUCUUCUUAUGCAGGUCCGUAUGUUCUAUAAUGGACUUGCUGUAAAGGGAACCCUUCUUGUUGUUAGAAAGCUUCCUGAAAGGACUAUCCAUGUACGACCAUCAAUGAUAAAAGUAAACUCAGAUCCUAGUUUAUCAGGUGGGCACUCCUUCAACUCACUGGAAAUUGUUUCAACGAGCAACCGACCCAAAAGGGCAUUGACAUCAAGGUUUUUAAUCACGCUGCUUCAAUAUGGAGGGGUUCCAGCGGAUUGUUUUAUGGAGCUCCUAGGGAAGGCACUAAAAGAUGUUGAGAAAGCUCGCCAUAAAACUAGAGAUUCCCUUGAAGUUGCAUUUAACCACGGUGACAUGGAUGAUUUAAUGUCUGCACGGAUGAUCCUUUCUGGAAUUCGACCAGAAGAUGAGGCAUACUUACAGCACCAGCUUACUACAAUGACCAAAGAGGAAAGAGAAGGAUUCAAACAAGGCAGGCUCCCUGUCAAUCAGUGUUAUUAUCUGAUGGGCACAACAGAUCCUACAGGGACACUAAAGCCCCAUGAAGUCUGUGUGAUAUUGGACCAUGGCCCCAUUUCUGGAGAGGUUCUUGUCUAUAGACAUCCUGGGCUGCAUUUUGGUGAUAUACAUGUCUUGACAGCUACAUAUAGUGAGGCUAUACAGGAUUUCGUGGGAGACUCCAAGUAUGCUAUUCUUUUUCCUGUUUCUGGACCACGAUCUCUAGCUGAUGAGAUGGCAGGUGGUGAUUUUGAUGGUGAUAUGUACUGGGUCUCGAGAAACCCACAGUUACUGAAGUACUUCAAACCAUCGGAACCAUGGGAUCCAAGAAGCCCUCCAAGGAAGGCUAAACAAGAGAAGCCUCAGGAUUAUGAUGAAUCCAAGCUAGAACACAUUUUAUUCCGUGAAUUUUUUAGAACUAGGUUUACACCGAGUUAUGUGCUGGGUGCAGCUGCAGAUUGUUGGCUGGUAUAUAUGGAUCGGCUACUGACAUGUGAAGUUCAAGAAGACAAAAAAGAAUGGGAGUCGAUAAAGGCUAAGAUGCUUGAAUUGGUUGACAUUUACUAUGAGGCUCUGGAUGCCCCGAAAAGUGGGAACAAGAUCACUAUGCCUCGUCAUCUGAAGGUUGAAGUAUAUCCGCACUUUAUGGAAGGGAAAGGGUUUACACCUCCCUACAUUUCCACAUCAGUGCUGGGCAAAAUCUAUGAUUUAGCAAAGUCGCAUCAGCCUGAAGCAGUUCACCCAAUCAAUAUAACUCCGCUGACAUGCUUCACCGAGGAAGUAGUAGCCGAAGAACGCAACACGUGGGGUCUCCGUUACGACGAGUAUCGGAGAGCGAGCACAUUGCUAUUGGACAGUAAUCGCCCAAUCUCUAAAGAAGAGAAGAAGGCGAGGUUCCGGGAGCUGGACCAAAAAUACAAGCAGAUGCUGUACGACGCGGCGGAGCUGGAAGAGAGCCAGAAGCACCCGUUCGCCGUCUACAGGGAGGCUUGCGCGAUCUACCAGCUGGUGUACGAGCACGCGGCGCGGUGCCGGUGCGACGACGAAGGGAGGCGUGUCGAGAGGUGCGGCUUCGCGUGGAGGGUCGCCGGCCGCGCGCUGUGCGAGUUCUACGUGAUCAAGCGCCGCGGCGAGAGGGUGGUCGCCGACAUGCAGGUCCUCCGCGACGCCUUCAGGAAGGAUCGCGGUGCGUAGCAUAGCAUGCAUGCAGCCAUAUAGCGCUAGGCAGAGUAUAGCUCUAAGUGCAUAUCUGAUUAUCUAUGUAUGUACAGUACGUAGUAGUAGCAGCCGUGUGGGGUACGCGUACAGACCUGUGUACAAGUUUGAAUUGCUGAUGUGAUGCAUGUGUAUUUAUGUGUACAUGCGUGUAGUUAAAGACGUUCUUCUCUAGACGGAGAGCA